GAAAGAGUAAAUUCCAAACCUUUUUCCUUGUGUCCUUUCUCUUGAGCGAUGUAAAUUCCUCAACAAACUCUCAGCUACUCAGAUUCUCUUCUGCUUCCUUUACCUUUUUCUCUUCCCCUUUUUUGCAUUCCUCCCAAAUCCGACCAGCUAACUUCGUUUCUCCAAUUCUGAGACCAGUCAAUCGGCGUUCAAUCCGUUUCUCACGCUAAUUGCCGGUUUUGGUAAAUGCGGAAUGGUGGUACUGCAACUAUGGUUGGUGAAUUUCCCGAUGCCGACAUCGAGAAGCAGCAGAACGGCGGCGGCGUACCGGAAAAUGCGGCCGUAGGUCAAUCUCAGGACUUGGCUGAGAAAGUAAUUGAUGUGGUGGUCGUCGAUUGCGCCAACAAAGGUGAAUCACUGCCGGAGAGAGAUUCGAAUACUCAUGAAGAGUGCAGGGUUUGCCAGGAUGAAAAUGAAGAACCCUUGAUCACUCUUGGAUGUCUUUGUCGGGGCGGUCUUUCAAAAGCACACCACUCAUGCAUAGUGAAGUGGUUUAACACUCGAGGUUCAAAUAAGUGUGAGAUAUGCCAGCAAGUAGCUGCUAAUGUAAUACCUCCUGAUCCUCAGACUAGUUACUGGGUUUGGACGGUUGAUCCAGCCUUUAGAGCCCAAGAUCGUCAAAGGGGGUGCUUUAGUCCUCUUUGGGUGGCAUUCUCCAUUCUUGUUGGUGGUCUUUUGCUAGACGUGCUGAUCUCCGUAACCCUCGGUGUUUCUGCCCUCCCAGUUAACAUCAUCAUUGGAGUGAUUGUUGUGCUCGGACUUGGAACAGCUCUUCGACUGGGGCUAGAGUUUUGUCAAGAGUGGAAUGUAAGAAGAGUGGUGCAACGAGUGGAAGCAAACGCCACCAUUGGGUACCAUCCCGCACUGUAAGCCAAACUCGUAACCUGCAUAUUUUAUGAGCGGAUGUGUUGUGUCUUAAGUUAACGAAAAAAAAGAUCUAACUAGGAGGCUCCUCGAGAGAUCUAUAUUUCAUCUUGCUUCUACUGCUGAGUUGCUGUAUAUAUUAUUAUACUCUCACUGAUUCUUUGUGAAUGCAUAGUGAAUGAUUGCAGUA